AAACUGAGCGUUUCAGCCCAUAAGAAGAAGAGGACUUUUUGAAAUAAAGGUCCGCGGACUUUAAAAAUUGAGAAGAGAUUAUCUGUAGACGAUUCAGACUUUUCAAUCUUUUAAAUUCGGCGGUCGAGCGCAGCGACAGUCGUUGUCGAGUAACGAUUCAAAUCAGCCCGGUUUCUUAACCGUACAAUAGCGCAAUCAAGCACGAUGCUUCCUACAAAGCUGAAGUUCUACGGCAAAUUCUUUGUCAUUGUUUUAAAAUACGCAUUUGAAUUUAUAGGCCAACGGAUACAAGCAAUUAUACACAAAUGGACAUAUGUUGCAGAUCCAUCAGCGAAGAAUGUGGUGGUACUUGGGGGCUCCUUCUCCGGGGUAUUUGCAGCCAAGCGCCUGGCGGAAUCGCUGCCGACUGGAUACAAAGUUGUUUUGAUCGAAAAGAAUUCACACUUUAAUUAUACAUUCAACUUUCCGCGCUAUUCGGUUCUGCAGGGUCACGAACAGCUCGCAUUCGUGCCAUAUGAUGGCCUGGUGCACGCCCUGCCUCAAGGGUCAUUGCAGGUAGUGCAUGAUACCGCCUUGGGUCUCACUAGAAAUGAAGUGGAGUUGAAAUCUGGAGAAAAAAUCAGUUACGAUUACCUUGCAAUCGCAACUGGCACGUUGCAGCCUCAACCUUCGAAGCUACUAGCCUCCACAAAGGACGACGCGUGCGUAGAGCUACAUGAGCUUCAAGGAGUGAUCGAGGCUGCAGCAAGGGUUGCAGUUGUCGGAGGCGGAGCGGUUGGUGUAGAGCUAUCAACGGACAUCAAAAGCUUCUACCCGGACAAAUCUGUCACUCUGAUCCAUUCUCGAGACCAAUUGCUGCCAAGCUUUGGUAGGCGAUUGCAUGAGCAUGUCCUCGACGCAAUGGAGAGAUUGGGAGUUGAUGUCAUACUCAACGAGCGUCCAGUAUUGCCGAGCACGACACGAUUCGUGAAUAAGGAGACGUCGUUGGAACUCAAGAACGGUCGGGUUCUGGAUUUCGAUCUCGUUAUUCCUUGCACUGGUCAGCGACCCAAUUCUAAGCUCUGGGACGAAUUCGCUUCUCAAGGAACGUCUUCCUCGACUGGCAGGAUAUUGGUCAAGCCAACUCUGCAGGUAGCCAGCGAGGAGCACGCGAAUAUUUUUGUUCUGGGUGAUGUUGCAGAGACAGGAGGCCCAAAAAUGGCACGUGCCGGUCUUGUCCAGUCAGAGGUCGUGAGAGAAAAUAUAGUAAGAUUGAUCAAAGAUAAAGGAAAUUUGAAGGAAUACACGCCGAAAUCCAUAGAAGGAACUAUCAAAUUGACACUUGGAAAGAGUGAUUGGGUCGCGUAUAUGAAGGAUGGUAAAGAUGAUCUUCUACUCUCCGGGAAGACAAAGGACGAUGACUUGGGUGUAUCGCAAAUAUGGAAAUUGUUGGGUGCCGAUCCAAAGGGAGUGCAGUAGUUAUGUAGCGACGACCCAUAACGUGGCGUUCGUAGGAAGAGAUCGUUGGGACUCAAGCGAAUAGAUUUUGAUUUGCGUAGUCGAGAUCCUCAUGUCUAAAGUCACUGAAAUCCUGUGGAUUGAUUUCAGUUGACCCAUUUAUUCGUUAUUUUUUUUAUUCCGUUGUCCUAAGUUAGAUCUCCGCUCUUUUAGUUAAUGUUUGUUUUUGCGUUUGGGAGGGCGUCCUUCGCAAGUAGGAUCCCAUGGUGGUCACGUGCUCGAGAUUGUCAUGCCAGAUGUGCGAUGUAGACUUUUUGAUAAUUGACUAUUAUUUGUAUCAUGCAGGCUAUAGAUGGUAUCGAGAUUAAUUGAGAUUGAUCCCCCGGCAGGUUAGGGGGAAACAUCUGCCUCUGUUUUUCAUGGGUGCGGGAG